UUGCUUGGAAGCCUGGAGAACUAAACAGCCUCCCAUACAGGAGCCUUUUGAACGUUGUGUUCUGGUCUUUGAAAAGAAGCAUUACAGGAACGCAAGAGAAUUUAAAGCCAAGGAGAAAGGCACAGACAAAAUAACUUAAGAGAAUAUUCCUCUAAAUGCUUGCAAGUAAGGAGAGCUUGGCUGCCUGCACACUCCUGGGAGAAUCCGGUUUUGCUUAGCAGUCAGAGCUGCAAGCCCUUUCUUGCUCUCUUUGUGGAAAUACUAGAAAAUCUGUGGUUUGGAAAGAAGCCGGAAUUCCUUCAAAUCGGCACCAUGGCUUUGGAGCAGAACCACUCAGCAGAUUACUAUUACGAGGAAAAUGACCUGAACAGCACUCAUGACUACAGUCAGUACGAAGUGAUCUGCAUAAAAGAAGAGGUCAGAAAUUUUGCAAAAGUUUUCCUUCCUGCCUUCUUUGCAAUUGCGUUCAUCACCGGACUAGCGGGCAACUCCGUGGUCGUGGCAAUUUAUGCCUAUUACAAGAAACAGAGAACCAAGACAGACGUGUACAUACUUAAUUUGGCCGUGGCUGAUUUACUCCUCCUAUGCACUCUGCCUUUCUGGGCAGUUAAUGCAGUUCAUGGGUGGGUGUUAGGGAAAAUGAUGUGCAAAGUAACUUCAGCUUUGUACACAGUAAAUUUUGUCUCAGGAAUGCAGUUUCUGGCUUGUAUCAGCAUAGACAGAUACUGGGCAGUAGCUAAGGCCCCCAGCCAGACAGGAGUGGGUAAACCUUGCUGGAUCAUUUGUUUCUGUGUCUGGACGGCUGCCGUCCUGCUGAGUGUACCCCAGCUGGUUUUUAAUACAGUAAAUGACAACAGCAGGUGCAUUCCCAUCUUCCCCCACCACAUAGGCACGUUUAUGAAAGCAUCAAUUCAAAUGCUGGAAAUCUGCAUUGGAUUUGUGGCUCCUUUUCUUAUCAUGGGGGUGUGCUACUUUCUUAUAGCCAGAAUGCUCCUGAAGAUGCCCAACAUUAAAAAAUCUCAAGCCCUCAAAGUUCUGCUCACAGUGGUUCUGGUUUUCAUUGUCACGCAGCUGCCUUAUAACAUUGUCAAGUUCUGGCAGGCCAUAGACAUCAUCUACUCCCUGAUCACUGACUGCGACAUGAGCAAGCGCAUGGAUGUCGCCAUCCAGGUCACAGAGAGCAUCGCACUCUUUCACAGCUGCCUCAACCCUCUCCUCUAUGUCUUCAUGGGAACCUCUUUUAAAAACUAUAUUAUGAGAGUGGCCAAGAAAUACGGGUCCUGGAGAAGACAGAGACAAAAUGUGGAGGAGAUCCCUUUUGAUUCGGAAGGUCCUACAGAGCCAACGAGUUCUUUUACAAUUUAAAUGUAAAAUUGCUCUGCCUUAUGCUUGGAUGCACUUGAAUGAUGCUGCUUCUUCAGAUAAAACAUUUGCAUGAUUCUGAAACUCAGAUAUUGAACACUAUUUUUGCCAUUUAUCACACAGAGGCAGCUGAGAGGCGGGAGGGAAAGGACAGAAGUCAAGAAGAAUGAACGAUAAACAUAAAACAUGGAAAUUAAAAGGAACAAGAGGGAAAAUAUUAGUAAAAGGCUUCAAUAGAAGCACUAUGCUAUGAAGAAGAUCUUGGUGGGUCUCAAAUAGUUUUGUAUCUUGAUUACAGUAGUGGCUAAUCAAGUGAUAAAUGUUACAGAAUUCUACAAACAUAUUGUACCAAUUUCCACCAUUAGGUCCAUCCAUGGCUGAAGGAGAUCCAGGAUCAUUCUGUACUAUCUUUAUAGCUUCCUGUGACUUUAUAAUAACUUCACAAUAAAACAUUUUUAAAAUA